GUUUGACCUUCAAGUGCUCGCAACCUCCCGCAGUGAACGAUACCCCUGAAGCGUUCACUUUUUGUCGUGCAUUUUACCGUCCAGUUGGCAGUUCAGAAAUAUUCAAGAUAUUCAGUGAGUUUAGUUCCUAGUUCAUAACCCAAAAGUAUGGUAUACACAGACAUAUAUGUUCUUCGCAAUAAACAGUUGUUUCUUGGAUUUACUCGACCCGUUUUUCAACUUGUAAAUUCAGUGUGGAUUCUUAUUUUAUGUACAUCAUCUUGCGUGUCGAGUAGUAUCGGCCGAAAAAAAUCGAUCAAUUCUUAAGCUACCGUGGUCUACCAUCUUGAUGUUUCAUGAUCAAGUAGGCAUUUUCAGCUGAUCUCUCCCAAUUCUUCACUUAACAUAUUAUGCACUCAAGGUUCGCUAUUUAUUGGAGAAACCAAGGAAUGUUUUUACAACAUCGUUUAUGUUUCUAUUCGUCUAAUCAUCCCAAGCAAUCACCAACGUACAACGAGGUUAACAUAUUGAUGAUCGAUCGGAAUUUUCAGAAGGUCCUCUUUGAUUGUCAAAAAUACGACUAUCAAAAGGCUUCAUUUGAAAUACUCCAAGAGUUCUGUCGCCUGGGAAUUGACAUUACAUCUAGUAGACACUACAAAAACCCGCUUUAUUUUAGUAUUCCUGAUCUUAGUGGAAGCAAUGUUAAAGAACAUUUAGACUCAGUUGCAAAAGAGCUUUCUCAUCCUUAUAUGAAAUUGUUAGAGAGUUUUGGUUCCCCACCAGAACUACCUAAGAUUUGGGAAUCCUCGUCUGGAUGGACAAAAUAUAGAGGUGACAAAACAUAUUCAGUCGAAGCACCACUUGAAGAUGCUCUUAUUUUUGAUACAGAAGUUCUCGUUAAAGAAGGUCACGUACCAACAAUGGCAGUGGCUCUUACGUCGGACGGGUGGUAUGUUUUAAAUGUUGUUCUUCAGUUUUGUAGGUAUUCUUGGACUUCAAAACGUCUUUCUGUUUACGAUGAUAAUUGCUUAAACGAUAUCAACGCAUUUAAUUCUCUUAUUCCUAUCUAUGGUUCAAAAAAUAAAGAUAUUUCAAAGUGUGUUAUUGGACACUUUGUUAGUUAUGAUCGUGCUAGAAUAUUGGAAGAGUAUCUUCUGGAUGGAACUGGACUUCGAUUUGUGGAUACUCUUUCUCUUCAUGUUGCUGUAUCGGGUUUGACCAGUACUCAAAGGUUCCUUAAAACAUCUGCAGACAAACACCUAUUUAACAACAAGACGUGGCAAGAGUUUAUUGGAAGGAAGAAUGAUAGACAACCACUAGAUAGAAAGCCUAAUACAGAAGCUCUUGUUAUGGAUCUCGAUUGGCUUUCAGAAACUAGUUUAAACAGUUUACCUGAUAUUUAUCGUUUGUAUUGUAAAAAAGAACCACCACAAGACAAACAAUUGAGAUCAAUUUUCGAAUCUGGAACUAUUGAAGAUGUUCGUACAAAUUUUCAGGAAUUGUUCAAAUACUGUGCCGUGGAUGUACUGAUGACGUAUGAAAUAAUACAAAUUCUGUGGCCUAUAUUUAAAGAAAGAUUUCCACAUCCCGCAACAUUUUGUGGAUUACUAGAAAUGAGUAGCAUGUAUUUACCAAUUAAUGAUAAUUGGAUUAAAUUUCAAGAAAAAGCAGAAUCAUCAUAUACGGAAAAUAUAUUAAGACAAAAAAAAUUAUUGAUGCAAUUAGCUGAUCAAGCAUUGGCUAAAUAUUCUAAUAAUCAAGAGUAUAAAAAUGAUCCAUGGUUGUGGGAUUUGGAUUGGUCUAGACCCAAAGUCAAAUGUAAGACUGAAGUUGAUGAAAAGGUGUCUCGUCUUCCUAAAUGGUAUAGAGAUUUAAUUCCAAAACCAGUUAAAGAUAAUUUAGACGCUGGACCAGCUUUAUUGACUGCUCAAAUGCGUAUUGCUCCAAAACUAUUAAAACUCUGUUGGCAAGGUCUGCCGUUGCAUUAUGAUCGAGUGCUCAAAUGGGGUGUUCUCAUACCUGGACGUAUUCCACAACCCUACGGUGAUCCACGAUAUUACAUUGAAUCAUUUAAAAAUACAGAAAAUACAGAAUGUAUUGAUUCUAAUGAUGCAGAAAAAUGUUCUACAAACUCGAAUGUUGUGUGUCAUUACGAUUCAUUAAUUCGUCCAAUUAUAUCUGUUGUCAAAUCAACAGCUGCUGGUGAUGAAACGCUCGACUUUCCCUAUGGAGCUUAUUUAAAUUAUUGGUUAGCUGAUGUAAAACGUCGUCUGUUAGCAGAUUUUCAAUUAAACGAAUCUACAUCGUCAAGUGAUAACUUUUCAGAUAGUUUAGCAGUUGCUUAUUCUCAUCGUAUAAAACCAGAUAUUCGUGAUGCUAAUUUGUUAGAUGAAUUAAAACGUAGCAUUGAAGUUAUGCCGUUGGAAAAGGAGGAACGUCAACGACUGGCGUCUACAAUAAGUACUAUACGUAAAUUAGGUGAACAAAAACGAUUUCAAAUGGAUUCCAAAUUACAGAAAAUAAACAAUAAUAAUCACAAUGAAUUGAUUUAUGAGAAAGUGGGUGAAUUACAGGCUCAAGGUUCAGCUUUCUGGUUAAACUCCAAUCGUUUUGAUCACAAUUCUUCGAACUAUUCUUCAAAAUAUCGACGGCGUAAUACCGUCCGAUAUGCAGUCGAUACUGUAAAUCCUGUUAUACCGACAUGUUGGUUUAAACAUCUUCCUCAUGAGUCAGGUACUGGACUUCCUGUCGGUUCACCACUUUCUCGUUCAUUUCAAAGUCAUAUUGCAUCUCAUCGUUUACACAGUGCAGAUUUUAAUCCUACUGAUACAAUUUCAGUGAAUACUGAAACAAUAAAAUUAAAGCCAGUUAUGGGGUUAGCUGAUCGUUUGCUUCAUGAUCGUGUUCAUGCUACAUUUUGGCAAAGUUAUUCAAAACGUAUUAAAUCUCAAAUGGCUAUUUGGUUACCACAUGAUCGACUACCAAAAAAUGUUUUAAAUGAUCAAUUCUAUAAUUGUAAAGCAAACUACGGAGCUAUUCUACCUCAAGUUAUAACCUGUGGUACAGUGUCUAGAAGAGCUGUUGAACCAUUAUGGUUAACUGCUAGUAAUGCCGAUGAAAAUCGUUUAGGAAGUGAAAUCAAAGCUAUGGUUCAAUCACCUCCUGGUUAUGUUUUUGUUGGGGCUGAUGUUGAUUCACAAGAAAUGUGGAUUGCUGCUUUAAUUGGUGAUGCAGGUGUUGGUUUCCAAGGCUCAACUCCAUAUGGUUGGAUGACACUACAAGGCAAUAAACUUGAUGGAACUGAUUUACAUACAAAAAUAGCUAAAGAAAUGGGUAUUAAACGAAGUGAAUCAAAGGUGUUGAAUUAUUCUAGACUAUAUGGUUCAGGCAUUGAAUUUGCAUCGCACUUAUUAGCAAAAUUCUGCAAUAUUACUCCAGAACAAGCUAGUUUAAAAGCAAAGCAACUUUUUCAAAUUACUAAAGGACGCCGAACUAUUGUGGACUCUUCUUCGCCUUCCGGAGAUGGUACUUCAUUAUCAACGUCUAAAUGGCAAGGUGGAAGUGAGUCAGCUGUAUUCAAUCAAUUGGAAUCAAUUGCUCGUAGUCCAGAGCCUCGUACACCAUUUUUAAAUGCACAACUAACUCGUGCAUUGAAUCCGAAACUUGUUAAGGAUGAUUUUUUACCAAGUCGUGUAAAUUGGGUUGUACAAAGUUCUGCUGUUGAUUAUUUACAUUGUAUGCUUGUUUUAAUGCGUUGGCUUAUAAAUAAAUUUAAAAUUCCUGCACGUUUAUGUAUAAGUAUUCAUGAUGAAUUGCGAUAUAUUUGUCCAAAACCACAUAUGUAUCAAGUUGCAUUAGCUUUGCAAAUUAGCAAUCUACUGACAAGGACAUUCUUCGCCUAUCAAUUAGGCAUGCGCGAUCUCCCGGAAGUAAGUUUCUUUUCUUAAUACUGACUUUUUCACCAAUUAUUCAACUUUAAAAUAUUAUUAUGCUAUUAUUAAAUAAAUGAUAAUUGCUAUGAGCAUGAGAGAGAUAGAAUAAAAAGGAAGUUGGCACUAGCUGAACUAGAAACCUAUCGACAAAUGGAGAGGAAGAUCUCCGAUUAGUGGGUUUUCGGAUAGUCAGGUCCUGAAAGCAAGUGCUACCAAGGCCUGUGUGGAUAGGCCGUUUUCCCUGAGAGUUUUAUCUACCGAUACUCAUAGUCUAAGAAAUAAAUUCUAUGAACUAGGAGCAUUAGUGGACAAAUUAAAGCCACUCAUUGUAGCUGUGAAAGAAACGUAGUUAGUCCAUGACUUAGAUAUUACCCCAGAAUUAUCUGGAUACCACUACCUAAGGAGUGAUAGACAUAGAUGUAGGAAAGGAGGUGGCGUCCUUUUGUAUAUAACCAAUAAUAUAAAUAUCCACUCCUUUGUUUGCGAAUCCCAUGAUAGUGUGACUUGUGAGGUCAUUUGCUGUGAGCUGACUGUCGGAUGCUGCACAUUUCUGCUCGGUAUCAUAUUUCGCAGCCCAAUCUGCUUAGCUGAUGACUUUAUUUUUGAGCCCAUUCAGCCACGGAGUUCAAGGAACAGAUGCUUGAAAUUAAGAGAAUUUGAUGCAUCUGAUAUUAGUUUAAUUGAGGCGGUCAUGGUAGGAUCUAUGAAGUCGAUUGAUAGCAGGUUCCUGAUAACUGUAAUGGAGCAUGCAUUAGUACAGCAUGUAUCCAAACCUACUCGUUUUGGUGCAAACCAAGGUUCUUCUUUGUUAUACUUGGUAAUCACUCAUGCGACUGAGAAUAUUGCCAACCUAAAUAUUCUUCCAUUGUUAGUGAAUAGCGAUCACUCUUUUUUGUCAUUCACGUUUCAAGCUAGUGAUAUGAUAUACGAUCAGGUUAAGCCUCGCUCAAAUGUGUAGAGAGCUAACAUAUCAGCCAUUCAGGAGUGUGCUGCGAAAACAGAAUGGAUAGUAGAUACUAGCUCAUCAGUUGAAGAAGUAUGGUCUAUGUUUAAAGGCAAGCAUAGUUCAGUCACGUCUUCGUUUAUACCGUAACUGGUACCACGUAGACCGAAUACCUGUCCACCAUGGAUAACUAAACAGGUCAAGAAACUCCAUAGGUGCAGGAAAAAGCAUUGGAAUAUGUUCAUCUCUACUGGUCUAGAACAGUACAGAUCCAGUUAUUGUAAAACUAGGAAUGCUUGUAAAGCGUUGAUAAGCAACACUACACGGCCACAUGUAAAACAAUUGGUUAGGGAAUGUGACACUAUCCCAAACGCUUAUUCUCGCAUAUGAAGAAGCGAACUCAGAGAAAAGAUGCAAUCCCGUAACUUUUGGCACAAUAAAAUCAGAUGGUAUUGGAAAGAGAUGAAGUCGAAAAACCCAAAGCUUUGUCGGAAUAUUCUAGUAAAGCGUUUUCUAUCAACGAUGAGGAACGACCAACCAUUAGAUGUGAUUGGGGCGGUUUGUCGAUGGAUCCCCUAGUUAUUAAAGAAGGUACUGUUUUAAGAUUACGUCUCGUUAUCCUACUAUUGAGUCGAGGUAUUGUUGUGGUCGUAUAUUCGUCUUCAUCAAGAGUAAGGAUUGAGUGGCUUCUAUCCGACUUGGAGAAGAGUAAUUUUUAACAGUCCACAACUUUGUAAAUCUUUCAUCUGUGAUUAACCGUGUUGGAGUACCCAGUUUUUGUAAUGUUUCAAUCGUGUUCUUAUAUCUGGGUUGUUUGGUCAGCCAACAGGAAUGGGAUAGUACACGACUUAAUUAUUGUGUGCUUGGUUCAGAGAGGUUUAUAUGCUGUAUGUACGCAGUCCACCCUGUUGUAGUUCCAAUGCAGUCCGAGUCCUGAUCCACUUGUUUUAGUUCGUGCAGUUCGGUAGUAUCACAGACUCUUACACACAUGUGAGGUGUGUCUCUGUAAGCCGAGUACAGGAAUCUGUAAUUGGUGAGUUAUACCAAAGCAGUUGUGUAUGUAUUCCCUAUGUACUAAACAAAGAUGAUACUCAGGUUGGCCAUCCUUGUAGUUCUCACCACCACACUGCUCUUAGUCUACUCAGUUCCGUUUUGUUUGUUUGCUUCGUUUUAUAACACUAUUUUUGUACGGGGUGUCUGUAAUAUGGAGACAAGAUAAUGAGAAUCGGCAAAAUAGCUUUUGAUGUUUUACGCAGUCGUUUAGAAUUCUUUGUAAAGAUUUUCUUUGUUAUGAUAUAGUGUGAACGACAGUGUUGAGCGUAUUAAAUGCCUAUUUUGUUCUGUGCAGAUUGUACGUGACAGGUAAAUGAAUGAGUUGUUGUCUCAAUCUCCUUUUUUCGUAAUAAACUUUGAAGGAAAUCAAGCUAUUAGUAUUUCACUGCAUAAUAGGCUAACUGAUGAAGUACGGAUGCUGACUGAGAUAAACGAUGAUUUUCACUGAUGACUUCCUUAUAUUUUGGUGUUAUAACUCGGUUUGUUUGUUGCCACAGGGCAUUUGUUAACGAUGAUUUUGUGGGUGAUAACGAAUUUUCUGUGAAUGUGUUUACUUAUUUUUGAUAAGAAACCUCUUUUGUGAAUAUAUUCACGUUCAGUUUAAUGAGAUAAUGUAGUGAAUCCUUUCCAAUAUUGGGAUUGGAAAGUGGAUAAUAUUUUUUGAAAAAUGCAUAAAGUUCUUGAAGUAAAGCACACCAAAUUAACGUCUUAUUACUUUUGUUGUGAGAUACUUUUAGUUUAUGCAGACUAUGUUCACUGAAUGGAAGUGGCUUAUCUAUCUCACUGUGUCUCCCAGAAUUUAUGUAUGCUCUACUUUCACUGAAUUCGUCUUAUCGAAUUAGGAAGUAUUAAUGAUUUUUUUAAUAUAAUCAUUAAACAUACUAACAGAAAUUGAAUAUUUUACACCAUUAAUUCGCUCACACACGAACAAAUGAUAUUGUCGUCAAAGUAGGAAGACUGAUAGAAUAAGUUCAUUUUCUUCAUAUUUACAUAUCUUGUUUCUUAUUCAUUGUACUUAGAGUUAAACCGCGUUACGUAAAAUAAUGUACCUAGUAAUGUAAUAUAUAAUAUAUUUUUUAAUUGCGAAAUCUAGUUUUGUAACUCUUUUCUAAUUUUGGCUUAUGCAAUAGAUUUUACACGCCUUAUUUACAAUGUGAAUGAAUAAAUUUGAAAAAUAACUUAAAAUAUCAUUAGUAUUGUGAACUGUUUUUUUUUCAUCCAUUGAUCUACAUUUCAUCAUCAACUUUUAUAUUAAUAAAGAUUUUUACCUGUAAAUCAUGAUUGAAAUUUGUCUGUUCCUUUAUAUUUUCUUUUAUUUUGAGUAUCUCAUUGGUCAAACUAACCUAAUCAUCGUUGUUCUUUAUAGAUAGGUGUUUUAUCAUAAUCUUGUUAUUAUAAAUGUGUAAAAUAUUCUCUACACUUUUGAUUUCUAGUGGUUUCUGAUUUUUUUAGUAUUUGAGUUUAAUCAUAAUUUAUUUUUUUCUUUCUUUCAGUUUUUAAUUAUUUUUCAUUAUUACUCUCUUUAAUUUUUUUCUUAUCGGUUGUUUUCUGUUAGUCAGUAGCAUUUUUCAGUUCAGUUGAAGUUGAUACCUGCAUUCGUAAAGAGGCCAAAGAUGAUUGUGUUACUCCAUCAAAUUCCGGUGGUUUGCAGAACGGUUAUGGAGUAUCUCCGGGUCAGUCGUUAACAAUGCAAGAUAUUCUUGACAGAACUGGAGGAUCUAUGAAGUUGUGAUAUAGAAUUAUAUUUUGAACUGUCAGAUUAUUUUUUAUCCACUUCUGUAUAAUUUAUAGCGCCUGUUUGCAAAUACUAUGUUUGAUUUAAAA